AUGCCGCGCUCUCCCUCGUCUUCAGGCCUCCUUUUGUCCCUGCUGGGCUCGCCCGCAUCGACGUGGGCCAUGUACCGCGCCUGUAUCGGCGCUUUCUUCUCGGGAGCCAAUAUUUCCGUUGCCGUCUCUUUCUGGCUAUUUGGUCUCAUAAAUAACGUCCUCUACGUCGUCAUCCUCUCCGCUGCCCAGGAUCUCGUCGGCAAUCUCCCUAAGGGCGUCGUCCUCCUCGCUGAUGUCAUUCCCUCUUUCGCGACGAAACUAAUUGCCCCAUACUUCAUCCACAGGGUGCCCUAUGCCGUACGUGUCCCCAUAUUUGUCGCGCUGUCGACUGCCGGCAUGCUCCUCAUUGCCACUACCCCGCCCGAGGCCUCGGUGGCCGUCAAAUUGAUCGGUGUCGGGCUGGCUAGCCUUAGCAGUGGCGGCGGCGAGCUGAGCUUUCUGGGACUUACCCACUACUAUGGCCACUUGAGUCUGGCUGCUUGGGGGAGCGGUACGGGUGCUGCUGGUCUUGUCGGUGCGGGUCUUUACGUCGUGCUGACGGACUGGCUGGGCUUUACCGUGCGCUCCAGUCUGCUUGCAUCGGCCGUCUUGCCGGCCGUCCUGAUGGUGAGCUACUUUGGCGUUCUUCCACAAGAACCUCUGCGAAGGGGAUCUGCCGCGUCUUUAAAGCAUGAGGCCUGCACGACAGCCAAGUAUGCUCGCGUAUCCGAAUUAGACACAGUCGGCGAGGACGAUACGGAGCAAGUUGUUGUAUCUGCGUCUUCGAGCUUUGCAGCACCCGAUCUUAGCCCUGGAGCCACGAGAGCCGACGUCUCUGCUGCGGAGGAGAGUCUGCUGCUGCAUCGACCACGGACGGGCCACGGACAACGACAUACAAUUUUUUUUGCAAAGAUUCGACGCGCUCGCGCCCUCUUCUUCCCAUACAUGCUACCCCUGCUCCUCGUUUAUGUCGCUGAAUAUACCAUCAACCAGGGCGUGUCUCCUACGCUGUUGUUCCCUCUUGACCGAAGCCCAUUCGACGAGUAUCGUGCCUUUUAUCCAUUCUACGGCUUUCUUUAUCAGCUUGGUGUUUUUAUCUCCCGCUCGUCUACGCCCUUUUAUCGUGUCCACCACCUUUAUAUACCAGCAGUCAUUCAAGUUGUCAAUCUAGUAGUAUUGACCGCCCAGGCGCUCUAUUUUGACAGCUUCUUACCGUCGGUCUAUCUCGUCUUUUUAAUUGUCUUCUGGGAGGGCCUUCUUGGGGGUGCCGUGUAUGUAAAUACAUUUGCCGAGAUUAUGGAGCACGUUCCUAUGGAGGAUCGCGAAUUUAGCUUAGGGGCUACGUCAGUCAGCGACAGUGGCGGCAUUUGCAUUGCUGGCUUCAUAGGUAUGGCCAUGGAGGUAGGCCUGUGCAACUGGCAGGUCCAACACGGUCGUAAUUGGUGUCAUGAAUUUGAGCGAAGCAAUGUGUAG